AAGUUCUGUACCAAGUAUUACUAGUAGUCUCCUCUCCUCCUGUUCUUUUCACCAUUUUCUCAGUAUGCUCUCGCUUUUUGCUCGCCAUAUCGCGUCCCAUCUUCCCGUGCUGCGCACCAAUGUUUUGUCUUCGUCGGUGUUGACUGCGUCCGCAUUCGUUGCGACGCGUCGUACAUUCUUCACUACGCGCCGUAUCCAGCUGCCGGCCGCUGCAUCCAAAAGCGCUUCAGCACCAGCGAAGAAAACCACGAAGAAAACCACAAAGAAAACCACAGCCACAAAAGCUGCUCCAAAGAAGGCGGAAGCCACCAAGGAAGCAAAGUCCAAACCUAAGUCAAAAGCAAUAUCCAAGAAGACGAUCGAGCGGCCCCCACCCAAGAGGGUGCCCAAGUCUGAGCAGCCUCCUUCGCGUCCCCCUAACGGCUAUCUACUUUUUUUCUCGAGGCUCGUUCAAGACCGUAGGAAUGACAUCAAGACCGCUAUGGACACUCAGGAUUUAGCAAAGGAAGCCGCAACUAUGUGGAAUGGCUUUACUCUUGCGGAGAAACAGCCUUACUACAACGAGGUUGAAGUCUUGAAGAAGCAGUAUGAAGAGAAGCUAAAUGAAUAUUGGAAGAGUGCCUCUCCUAAAACGCUCAGGGAAAUCAAUGCGCGUCGUAAACAUGACGGGAGAAACAAGAUUCACCGACCUCAUCAAGAGAAUCACUAUAAGCGCCCUAAGGGGCCUUUCUUUAGAUUCAUAGAACAUUUCCGUCAAUCAGAUGAUGGUAGAACUAUCCAAGAAGCUGGAGUCACUGCCACAGGUAGAGGAGCUGUCAAUGUUGCUCGUGAGGCCGGUGCACGGUGGAGGGCCAUGAGUGCCUCUGACAAGGCCCCCUAUGUGGAAGCUUACCAGAAAGAAUAUGCUGACUGGCAGGCAAACCACCCCAGUAAGAGUGCAUCAUCGUAGGAGCUUACAUGCCACGGAGCAGAAAUGCUAGCGAUUCUGCGUGCAUCAGUCCUGUCCUUCCGUUAUUAUUCAGUUUUCAUUGUCACUUACCCACUUCAUCGCUCACAUUCAACCCAUUGAGUUGAUUUUUAUUGCAAUGUUUAUAAUUUCUGAAGCCAUUCGCAUGACCCUCCAGCUUCACAUAUGUACGAUAGGAGUUCCUGGUCACGUUCCUUUUGACUUGCGAAUUCUCUUCGUCGUACCUCUAGGUCACGGCGUUGAUGUGCAAGUUUUUCAGGCACGCGGACCUAUAGUUGAUACUCGCAAUACACGACAACCCUCAUACGAAGACGCUCCGGGCAGUUGCGCAUUAUCUCGAGUACGCUGUAAUCAUAUGUCUUCCGUGAAUGACAUCAGUCGGCUACUCUCAUUUCAAUCCCCAUCUCGGACAGUGGACGCUAUCUCCCUUUGCAGACCGUGUCAUAUCAUUAACAAAGA